CCCCGCCUCCUCCUGCCCCUCUCCCUCUGCCUGCCUGCUCAGCAUUUGCCGCGGCGCACCGGCCCUCGCCCCUCACCCUCCCUUGCGAGAAGCGCCCACUUCAACUCCCCCCCGGCCGGCCCCAACUCUCCCAGGCCUUUUCGCCUCUCUUAAAGCCCACCAUGGCAAGCCAUUCUUCGUCAUCGCUACCGCGUCCGCCGCCGAGCUUCCCCGGCGCCAGCGGCAGCGACGUGCUCACGGUCCAGCUGCACCCGGUGAACCAGAGCUUCGUUACCAAGCACUUCCAGUUGAUGGAUGGCCAGCAUAUCGAACUCGGUCGCCUUGUUGACCACAACGACGGCCCCCAGGUCCCUCGUUUCUCCAGCAAGGUCGUCUCUCGGCGGCAUGCGUUCAUCAUGCGCUCUGGCAUGCGCCUCUUCCUCAAGGACAUCCGGUCCUCUUCGGGCACCUUCCUCACCUCGGCCCGGACUGGCCUCAACCUCCUGCGCCUGAGCGAGAUGGGCAAUGAGAGCCAGCAUCACGAGAUCUUCGAUGGGGAUAUCAUUCAGCUGGGAGAGGAUUGCGUCGUCGACGGUGCUCACUACAAGUGCGUCGCGAUGCAGCUCUCGAUUUUGCAACACGACGACCGUGGGUCCCCCACGCCCGGGUCCGUGCCGAUCCCCUUCCCGGCCAAGGCCAAGUUCGCCGACUCGCCUGCCGGUAGCGGUGGCACUCCAGGCACCUUCUCCCCGGACCAUGGGAGUUUCAUGAGCGGGUCCCUCGGCCGGCGGAGCUCUUCCCUGGUCAGCGGCGCAGCCAGUCUCAAUCGGCACAGCUCCUUCCGCCGGCAUGGGUCCAUGAUUCGCCACGACUCGACACAGAGCAUCGCAUCCAGCCCGAUGGCCAUCCCCGGCGGCGGGUCGCCCUCUUCUCCCUUCGCAGUUGGCAGCUCCAACUCCUCCUCGUCGCUUAGCACGACCCUGGUCCGGCCAGUGCUCGACACCAACUCCCCGGCCGGUGGCACAUCCACCGACGGCGCCUUCGAUGGGGCCGAGGAGGACUACAUCGAUUAUUCCAACGAUCCAGAGGUGGUCCGCGUCGUGGCCGAGGAAUUCAACAACGUCUGGUUCAACCUCAUGUCGACGAUCGGCUUUUCGGCCACCAACCAGGUCCUGGCCAAGGCGGGGAUUGGAUUUAGCGCGCCGGUGCGCGUUGGACCGGUGGCCACCCCGACCGGCCCUCAGCAGGGGCAGUUCCCCGGUGUGCAGCGCCACAGCACGCACCAUGGGCCUUCCGGACAUGCAGGGCCCCCGCCGCCCCACCCGCUGUCCUCCUCGGUUUCCUCGCCGUCGCUGGGCUUGCCGCUGCCGGUGCCUCUCAACGUCAAUGGCACCGGCACCGGUGGCACUCCCGGUGGUGGUGGUGGUGGAACCCCCAGCAUGGGGACGGCUCCUCCCCCGGCCGCCCUGCCCUCGGCCCUGGGAUCGCCUCCUCUCUCCACGGCCCCCGGUAGCCCGAGCACCGCCGGUGGUGGUGGCGGCGGCUUGCCCAACAUCAGCACCCUGAACCUCGGUCCAGGCUCGCAUACUGCUUCAAAUCUUCCCACCCCCCUGACGGCCACGGCGCCAGUUCCCCCUUCCCUGGCGCCGCACCACGCGCCCUCGCACCAUCCCGGCCACCCCAACCACCCCGGCCAGCCGGCCCUCCCGCUGCCGGUGACGCCACCGGUCGGGUCGAUCCCCGGCACGCCGCAGCUUGCUUCGCCGCGGCACUCGGGGCUCGGCAUCCCGGCCCCGCUGCCCGUGGCCACGGCCGCCCUGCCGGCCGCCAUUGCUGGGACUCCCGGAUCGCCGGUUCUCCCGCCACCGGCCCUGGCCGGGUCCGGUGGCUCUGGUGGCCCGGCUCUCCCCCCAUCAAUGGCUGGGUCGCUCCCCUUGUCGCAUCAGCAGCAGCAGCAACAGCAGCAGCAGCAGCAGCCGUCUUUGUCACAGAUGCCCAUGUCUCCCGGCGGUAUGGCUGGGAGCUUCCCGCCACCAUUGCAGCCGCAGCACCCACAACAUCCCUCGCCCCAGUCCAUUGGCGGUCACUCUCAGAUGCAUCACAUGCAACAGCAGCAGCAGCAGCAGCAGCAACACCACCACAUGCAGCAGGUGCCGCCUCCCAUCGGGGGAAUGGGGCACCCGAUGAUGCCUGGCCAGGCACCUCACCACAUGCAGCAGCAGCACCACCACAUGCAGCAGCAGCAGCAGCAGCAGCAGCAGCAGCACGCCAUGGCAUUCUCCCCUCAGCACCACAUGAUGCCCGGAUCGCCGACCAUGCCCCCGGGUGUGGGCUUCCAUCCGGGCGCCGGCUUCCACCCGGGCGAUUGUGUCAACUUCAUCUAUCAAAUCAGCCCCUGGCCGUCGCCGCAGAUCCAGCAGCGCGUUCUCGAGCUAGCCACCCGCGGUGAUGCCGAGAUUCUCACCUACUUCCAUGAGUGGCGCUCUUACCCGGAGGUCUUUAUCGGGAAGUGCUCGGCCUAUGCGUCGGCCAUGUUUUAA